GAAGAGAGAGAGAGAGAGAGAGAGAGAGAGAGAGAGAGAGAGAGAGAGAGAGAGAGAGAGCGCACCCAGCACAUCCUCCCUCACCCCUUCUUCCAAACCCCCAGCAGACAGACGCACAGGCAGCCUCCCCCUCUUCUUCCUCUCCUCCUCCUCUUCCUCUCCUCCUCUGACUGCAGCUGUUCGGGUGAACCGGGGAGGCGCGAGGCAGGAUGCGCGAUGGGACAAGCGUGCGGACACGCGCUCCUCUGCCGUAGCCAGCCGCCGUCCUCCGAGAUACGCGGUCAGCAAGUGUUCCUGCGUCCUGAGGAGAGUUCAGCUCCAGCUCCGACCACCAGACAGUCCACCACGCCGUCCGAACAGCUCCAGGAUGCUUUGCUGCGGUUGGCGGCGGUUGUUGACGCUCGCUCGCUGCGAGUGGCCCUUCGAGACAGCAUUCAGGAGCUGCUAUCCAGCACGGAGUGUGUAUGUGUCUACAUGCUGGAGGGAGACUCGAGGCUGCUGUCUGACGACCCGCCACAUGAACUGCCUCUGGAGGGAAAGAUCAGGAGUAUCGCAGACCAGCUGAAGCGAUGUCAGUGUGCCGGCCUUCCUCCAUCUGAACUGCCAGAGAAAUACAGAAUCUGCCUCGCAGCACCGUUAGCGGCACACAGAAGAGCUGUUGUGAUUCCUAUCUUGAACCAGGAGCGGGACAAGGCCAUCGCUGUCGUUUUGGUUGGCUGUAAUCCACUGACUGAUCAGGAUGAACUGCAUCUUAACAUUCUGGAAAAACACGCCUCGGUGGCGUGCGUGCGAGUCCAGGCCGUUCAGACGUCCUACCAGAGGCCUCCCCUCAGCCCCUCACCCAUACAGUCCCACAAUGCACUGCUGCAUCUCAACAUCUCAGAGCAGGACUACUGCGAGCUGGACCGCAACAUUCUGCAACUCUGCGGCGAGCUCUAUGACCUUGACGCAGCCUCUCUCCAGCUCAAAGUCAUCAAUUAUCUGCAGGAGCAGACUCACUCGCAGUGUUGUUGUCUACUACUGGUGUCCGAGGACAACCACCAGCUGUUUUGCCAGGUGGUUGGAGACAAAGUCCUGGAAGAGGAGAUCAGCUUCCCGCUCAUGUUUGGACGUUUCGGUCAGGUUGUUGAAAAGAAGAAGUCAAUUACGCUUCAGGACAUCAGUGCAGAGGAGCGUCGGCAGCUGUCCAGUAUGUUAGGCUGUGAGAUCUCCUCCAUGCUGUGCGUCCCAGUGGUCAGCAGGGCCACUGGUCAGGUGGUGGCGCUAGCAUGCACCUUCAACAAGCAGGGUGGCCAGAGACACACAGAGGCAGACGAGCAUGCCAUCCAGCACUGUUUCUGCUACACUUCAACGGUUCUCACUUCAACUUUGGCCUUUCAGAAAGAACAGAAACUCAAAACGGAGUGUCAGGCACUCCUACAAGUGGCCAAGAAUCUCUUCACACACUUGGAUGAUGUGUCAGUGCUGUUACAGGAAAUUAUAGUGGAGGCCAGGAACCUCAGUGAUGCAGAGAUCUGCUCCGUGUUCCUGCUGGAUCGAGUCAGUCAUGAGCUGGUGGCAAAGGUGUUUGACGGAGGCGUGGUUAGCGAUGAGGAGAAGGAGUUUCGUAUCCCAGCCGAUCAGGGUAUCGCGGGCCACGUGGCGACCACUGGUCAGAUCCUGAACAUUAAGGACGCCUACUCCCACCCUCUCUUCUACCGAGGCGUGGACGACAGCACCGGCUUCAAGACUCGCAACAUCCUCUGUUUCCCCAUCAAAGAUGAGAACAACGAGGUGAUCGGUGUGGCUGAGCUGGUGAAUAAAAUGAACGGGCCGUGGUUCAACCGCUUCGACGAGGAUCUGGCCACGGCGUUCUCCAUCUACUGUGGCAUCAGCAUAGCUCAUUCUCUGCUGUACAAGAGGGUCGGUGAAGCUCAGUUCAGGUCCCACCUGGCCAAUGAAAUGAUGAUGUACCACAUGAAGGUAUCAGAGGAAGAAGUGACUAAGCUGCUGGUGACGGGGGUCGAUCCGGUGAUAGAAAUCCACCCCUGCUUCGCCGAGUUCACAUACACGCCGCGCUCCCUGCCUGAUGACACCACACCCAUGUGUGUCCUCAGCAUGUUUGAAGACAUGGGUUUCAUCAACACGUUCAAGAUUGACCGGCACACGCUCGCCAGGUUCUGUCUAAUGGUGAAGAGAGGCUACAGAGACCCUCCCUACCACAACUGGAUGCACGCCUUCUCUGUCUCACACUUCUGCUACCUGCUCUACAAAAACCUAGGGCUGUCCAACUACCUCGAGGAUAUAGAGAUUUUAGCUCUCUUUGUCUCCUGUAUGUGCCAUGACAUGGACCACCGUGGUACCAACAAUUCUUUCCAAGUCGCCUCGCAAUCUGUGCUGGCUGCGCUCUACAGCUCAGAGGGAUCUGUGAUGGAGAGACAUCACUUUGCCCAGGCCAUCGCCAUUCUGAACACUCACGGCUGCAACAUCUUCGAGAAGUUCUCCAGGAAGGACUACCAGCGCAUGCUAGAUCUGAUGAGGGACAUCAUUCUGGCGACAGACCUGGCUCACCACCUUCGCAUUUUCAAGGACUUGCAGAAGAUGGCUGAUGACGGAUACAAUCCCAAAAGCCAAACCCACCGCUCUAUGCUGCUGUGCCUGUUGAUGACGUCAUGUGACCUGUCAGACCAAACCAAGGGCUGGAAAACCACGCGCAAGAUCGCUGAGCUGAUUUAUAAAGAGUUCUUCUCUCAAGGAGACCUGGAAAAAGCCAUGGGGAACAGGCCGAGCGAGAUGAUGGACAGAGAAAAGGCGUACAUCCCAGAACUACAGAUCAGCUUCAUGGAACAUAUCGCCAUGCCCAUCUACAAGUUGCUGUCCGAACUGCUUCCUGGAGCCACCGAGCUGUACGAGCGAGUGGCAGCAAAUCGGGAGCAGUGGACCAAAGUGUCCCACAAGUUCACCAUCCGUGGGUUGCCAAGCAACAACAGCCUAGACUUCCUGGACCAGGAGUACGAGCUGCUCCAGUCCCAGGGUGCUUUCGGGAGCGACGACCACUGCUUCAAUGGUUGCCUUGACGACGCAGAGGGAGGGAGGUGCCAGUGAUGACGGCGGGCUGCCGGCUGUUUCCUGGAGUUUUCUGCGGUCCAAUAAGAGGCUGAGGAUACCUUUUGAGCGACCUGAGAGGGAAGGGGUCUCUCUGCUGUCAAUCUCUUGAUUAGCAGGCCGCGCAGAACGGACACGACAAAGCUUCAAACCAACUGAAUCCGACGAGUGAUUUGAGACGAGUGGAUCCACCUGAGCCGACUCAGUGAUUUAGAUGCUACAUGUUGCUUUUGUCUCCAGUUCAGGAAAGAAGAAGGUGGUGACUUGAUACUUUUCAGCAGCUAAACUGGAAAAAUAAGUUUAUACCACAAGAUCGUUCACACAUUCUGAUCCUGAUUAAGAUUGUAGAAACACACACACACACACACACACACACAUACACACACACGUACAUGCACAUGGUGUUUAGACACACAAAGACGGAGGAAACACAAUUCAUUGUUCUGGAAAAGGACUACGUCAACAUGUACCAGUGAGACAAAGUGCUAUACUUUCUGUAAAAUGGUUCACAGUAUCUUAUAUUGAUUUCAAAUGGCUCAGCUUUGUUCACACACAAGCAGCUGCCGACGUCCCUCACCUGAUGCUUAUGAAUGCAUGCUGUAUGGACACCUCACGUAUUUUUCCUUUAAACCUGCGUCAGUGUUGAUUUCUCCAUGGCUAGGAAAUGAAUGCAGUCCAUUUUUUUAUACCAUCAGAGCAGAGUUUUGUAUUCAAAGUAUAUUUAAUUAAUCCAUGAUCGUCAAGUUGUACAAGGGAGAUUUUGUUCAUUUCCUCAGAAACUAUUUUAGCUCUCACAUGUACUGAUUCGCUUCUAACCCUUUUUUUUUGAUCGCUCAAGGGACAAUUCGACAAUCACUGAUCAAUAACCGAUCCCUGGCCAUAGCAGCUCCAUCCAUGCAUAAGACUUUAACAACAUAUGCCCUGUGCAUAUUCAUUCCGUCAGCAUUUACACCGCAAAACAAAGGCCACUUGACCUUAUACCCUGAAUUUAUUCCUCUCAUCAUCAUUUCCACUCCCUUGCACGUUUUAUUUUCACUUUCUUUAAUUUUUUUAAGUGACAGAUUUCCUAAUUAAACAACUUGUGAGAGAGAGCAAACUGAAGCCCUUUAAAAGAUCCAUCUCAUCCAUCAGUGUAAAUGUGCCAGAGUAGAGCGUGUUCUCCGGAGUGUGUCAUAUAUGGAUCUGCCUUAUUGCGCAUCUUUGCUGCCUUUCUUAGAGCUUUUAAUAUAUAAAAAUUGAAAUUUAAGCGUCUGUUUAGUAUGUAUGUUGUAUGUUUGUUAUAGACAUAGUUUAGAGUAUCGGAGUGCGGACUGAAUGAUCGCCAUUGCUCAGAAGAUGUAUAUUUGUGAAAUAACUGUGUGAAGACCUCAGAUUUUAUGUCUUUUCACUUCUUUCUAUUCUAAGUUAUGUAUACAGCCACUAGUGGAUAUUUGGCAGAUACAACAGCAUUUUCUUUCAGUUGUCAGUGCACAUAAAUUUGUUUUUUAAGAAGGAACUAGAGAUGUAGCCGUCAUAGAAAUUACUCUUUCCUGAAAGCACCGACCGGUCGCGAAUUGCUGCUGCACUCCAAAGGAAAUGUCCGGAAACUUAAAGUUCUCAGAUUGUGCCUCGUAGGAAACCUGACACUUUGGGCUGUGGGGGUUUUGUGUUACAAUAUGCCAUAUUCAGUUUUACCUCACAAUGCUUUUAAAUAGGAAAUGCUGCAGAGUCAGGGAAAGAUAAGAGUUACACGAAGAGAGAUCUCUGUAAUGGACGCCACUGUAUGUAGGCAGUGUGUGGACGGGGUGACAGUUACUGAGCGAAAGGGUGGAUGUGGAUGUGUGGGUGAGAAAAUAAGAGAGAGAGAGAGAGCUGGAGGCAGUUGGUUUAAGAUCAGGAGAGAAGUGUUUAGUGUAACCACUCGUUACAAAGCUGCUGUUGACAGAGAUGAGGCAAACCUCAAGUGAUCCACUAGAAUUUCUUAAAAUAUCUCCCCUUUUAUGCAGCCCCUGAUUAGUGCGAGUGAAGGUAGAUGAAAGCAAAAAAAUUGCAAUCAUGGUAUUUAAAUAUAUAAUUUUUUCUUUGAGAGUGUCUCAUGAGGAUGAAUUAGGGAGGAAGGUUAAUUGGUGAGUAAAGUGGUUUGAUGUAUGGGUUCUACCUACACUGUGAAACCCAUUAGCAAGACUGGAUGAAAUUGAUUGAUCUGCUGUGGUUUGAUACAUGGAUUGAAUAUUUUUACUAUAAAGUUUUUGAAGGCCAGAUUUGUUUGUAAAAUAGCCACUUUCUCUUUCUCCUAAGACAAAGUAGUAGGGCCAUGUUGAAGGGGAAAAAUGUCAUUAUAUUUUUAGAAUAAAGUCGUAAUUUAAAUGAGAAGAAAUUCCGUAUAUUACAAACUAAAGUUGUAAGUUAAUAAGAAAAAGUCAUAAUAUUAUAAAAAAAUAUUUUAUGAGAAACAAAUCAAAAUACCAUGGGAAUAAAGUUGUAAUUUAACGAGAAAAGUCAUAAUAUUACAAGAACAAAGUUGUUAUUUAAUGAGAAAACAUCAUAUUACAAGAAUAAAGUCAUACUUUAAUGAGAAAAAAAGUCAUAAUAUUAUGACUUCAUUCUUGCAACAUUCUGACCUUAUUCUUGUUAUAGAACAACUUUAUUCUCAUAAUAAAAGGACUUAAUUCUGGAGAUCUAAGCAUGUUUUCCCCUCUUUAAAUGAACCUAAUACAUUGUAUUCUCAAGUAUUUUCUCUCUCAUGUGUGAUUUUCCCAUUUCUGUUCUUUUUUAACCACUGUUUCAUAUGUACCUGCCUUUUUCAUGUGCAAUAUGAAGUAUCUGCCUCUGUGAUGUUGCAUAGAUUCCUAUGUAAAUACCUAUGCCUCUUGUUAAAUUAUUCCUUUAGGUUUGGGUUCUCAAACUGCAUUUAAGAGUUAGAUGAUGAUGUCUCCAUUCAAAAUGCUUCUAUCGAUGCUUUGAGAGUCCAGACCUGUGUCCGUUUUCUAUACUGAGUGUGUAUCUGUCCCUCCAUGUUUGUUUUUGAAAGUCAGGGCUCAAUGUGCCAAGCAAACAUUUUCUACUUCCUGGCCAAGCUGCAACGGAAAAACAGACGCACACUAAAUUAGAUUAUUUUUUUAUUUUGAAUGUUGGCGUGUUGACGAGGGCUAUAUCCAUAUAAAACUUUUCUGAUUCAUCAUGACCAGGUCUGAAAUAUGCAGCUCAUCCAGGAAGUACGAACCCAAAUCUAUUUCCCAUCAUCACAGAGCAGCGGGAAUCAAACCUGUGAUGUAACGUCAUCCAAACGAUCACCUGUGACGUCAUUGUUAAAAGUGGCAAACGUAUAUUUGCUGUAAAUAUCAAAGAGAAAAUGUUACUUGAUUGUCUUUCAUUAUUACGAUGGGAAGUAUUUCAUUUCUGUAAUGUAUUUAAAGUGGUUGCAUCCUGUUCUCUCUUUUAUUUUCCAUGCCAUGUUUGAACAACCCCGAGCGUUAGACAUUUAGACAGAGGGAAGGAAAGAAAGGUAUAUGUGUAUUUAGGAUAUACAUAUGAUAUUCUACCACGGAUCCCAAACGUAAUCUGACAUGUAUAAAUAAUGCUUAUACUGAGAACUAAACGCGGUCAUCUGUUGAUUUGUUUGAGUUCUGAGUGCUGGUGGUCUUUUCUUGUUCAGGUCUAAUGAACGAGGACAUUUUCUGGCAAGAAGACAAAUGGGUGAUAUUUUGAUUUUUUUUUCUUGUCUUUCUUGGAAUAAAUCUGGUGAAAGGCU